UGCGGCAGCUGCGGCUGCGUCUGCGCGGAGCCGAGGUCGCUCUGUGGCGCGGUCCGCAGUGGAGGCGGCGCAAACAGCCAGGGGCCGGCGGAUGGCUCUGCGGGGCCUGGCAGGCUCGGGGCCCGGCUCCCGCGGGCCGUUGGAUGAGGCGGGGGCAGCGGAUGAGGAACGCGAGGCGCCGGCCGUGGUGGCGGCGGGAGACGCGCCAGAGGACGUUGAAGAGGACGAGGGCCGCAGCCGGGGCCUGCUGCGCUGGGACGGCUUCUCAGCCUGGCUGCAUUGCGUGUGUGUGGUGGGCUUCGACCUGGAGCUGGGCCAAGCCGUGGAGGUAAUUUAUCCUCAACAUUCCAAACUUACUGAUAAAGAAAAAACCAAUAUUUGCUAUUUGUCUUUUCCAGAUUCAAAUUCAGGUUGUCUUGGAGAUACCCAGUUUUGUUUUAGAUUUCGGCAGUCUUCUGGGAGGAGGGUGUCACUGCAUUGUCUCCUGGAUCAAUUUGAGAAAGAUUUACCAGUUUACUUAAAGAAGGAUCCUGCCUAUUUUUAUGGAUAUGUGUAUUUUCGACAAGUUCGAGACAAAACUCUAAAAAGAGGCUACUUUCAGAAGUCCUUGGUUUUGAUCAGCAAACUACCUUAUAUGCAUUUUUUUCACACUGUGCUCAAACAGAUAGCACCAGAGUAUUUUGAAAAGAAUGAACCUUAUUUGGAAGCAGCUUGUAAUGAUGUUGAUCGAUGGCCUGCACCAAUGCCAGGGAAAACAUUACAUCUGCCUAUUAUGGGGAUAGUAAUGAAGGUACGGAUUCCCACAUGUCAUGACAAGCCUGGGACGACUCAAAUAGCGCAGUUAACUCAGCAGGGAGACACACAUAUAUCUGUUAUUUUACCUACUCUUCAUGAGGUGGAUCUUUUCAGGUGUUUCUGCCCAGUUUUCCUUCAUAGUCAGAUGCUUUGGGAGCUGGUGCUGUUGGGUGAGCCCCUCGUGGUCAUGGCACCGUCACCAUCAGAGUCGUCAGAGACUGUAUUGGCACUUGUUAACUGUAUUUCUCCAUUAAAGUACUUCAGUGAUUUCCGACCUUAUUUCACUAUUCAUGAUAGUGAAUUCAAAGAAUAUACCACCCGUACUCAAGCCCCGCCCUCAGUCAUAUUAGGAGUAACCAACCCUUUUUUUGCAAAAACACUCCAGCACUGGCCACACAUUAUUCGGAUAGGAGACCUUAAACCUGCAGAACUGAAACUAUUGCACAGUAGCUCCCUAUUCAUUCCACAUCGCCCCGCCCCCCCACCCUUGGCAACUACCAUUCUACUUUCUGUCUCUGUGAAUCUGACUACUCUGGGUAUCUCACGUGAAAUUCCUAAGCAGGUUAAAGUGAAAAAAUUGAAGAACCUAAAGACUCUGGAUUCUAAACCUGGAGUUUAUACUUCUUAUAAGCCAUAUCUAAAUAGAGAUGAAGAAAUCAUGAAACAAUUGCAGAAGGGUGUACAACAGAAGCGUCCUUCUGAGGCUCAAAGCGUUAUUCUCCGACGUUAUUUUUUGGAACUGACACAAAGCUUCAUCAUUCCAUUAGAAAGAUAUGUGGCAAGCUUGAUGCCUUUUCAGAGAAGCAUUUCUCCAUGGAAGAGUCCACCCCAAUUAAGACAGUUCCACCCAGAAGAAUUUAUGAAAACACUUGAGAAAACAGGACCUCAGCUGACCUCUAGAAUAAAAGGCGAUUGGAUUGGACUUUACCGGCAUUUUCUAAAAUCUCCAAAUUUUGAUGGUUGGUUCAAGACCCGGAGGAAGGAAAUGACCCAGAAACUGGAGGCACUCCAUCUGGAAGCUCUUUGUGAAGAGGACUUACUUCACUGGACCCAGAAACACACAGAAGUAGAAACAGUAGACCUUGUAUUGAAGCUAAAAAACAAGCUGUUGCAGGCUGAUCGAGAGCAUUUACCUGUGAAACCUGACACUAUGGAAAAGUUACGGACACACAUAGAUGCAAUUAUUUUAGCAUUGCCAGAGGACCUACAAGGCAUACUGCUCAAAACGGGCAUGACAUGAUGUUUGCCAGGAUUUUCCAGCCAAAAGGAUUGUACACCAUGAAGCAUACUGACACUUCAACCAGACGCCCAAGAUCUCUCGGAGCGGAAAAUAGCCGUGAAUGCUAGCUACAGGGUUGAAAGACUAUACUGUAUAAACAGACCUUUUUAGUGCAUUAGUUUUAAAAAAAUGGAUAUCUGUGUUGGUUCCACUUUAAUACUGAAACACCGAAAGGCAUUUCUAUAUUUUUAAUCAUGUUCUAAAGUGCUCUUAUGAGAGACCUGUGGGGCCAUCAGUUUAAGUGAUUCCAAACUGCAGUGCUGGCAUUGCAGAUAUUUUUUUAAAUUGGUGCUUCUCUGCCCAAUCAUGAUAAAACUCAGGGGGAUAUAAAAAUGACAUUCACACUGGCUAUCUUCUUAAGAAGAAGGAAAAGACUGAACUGUCAGACUUGUAGUUAGGAGUGAUUAAUGCUUUUGUAGUGCCUUCCAUUGUCCUGCGUGUUUCACAAAGCCCAGCUGCUAGUCUUGAAGCUUUUUCUUAACUUGUUUAUGAUAUGUAGUUUUUUAUAAGGCAUUCUUUUGAGUAGUCAUUGCUUAAAAAUAUGUUUUUUGCCUCCCAUUGUGUUCAUUAUUAGUGGCAUUGGUGUUUUUUUUUUCAAUUGUCAUAUAGGUUUCAUUUCAUUAUUUUCUUUACCAGUUUCAAAUUUAAUCUCAGUUUCACCAAAGGGAAGAAGACAUCUAGUAUUAAUUAUGGAAGAGUUUAUAUCCUCUUACCCUUUGCUAAUUGGGCCCAAGUUAAUUAGCUUUUCUGUUUUUCAAAGGCAUUCUAAUUAUAAACCUCAUAAUCAGCUACUUUGUGUGUGUGUGUGUGUGUGUGUGUGUGUGUGUGUGUGUGUGUGUGUGUGUUACAUGGGCAUCUCACUGUUGUGGACUCUCCCGUUGCAGAGCACAGGCUCCGGACGCGCAGGCUCAGCGGCCAUGGCUCACGGGCCCAGCCGCUCCGCGGCAUGUGGGAUCCUCCCAGACUGGGGCACGAACCCGUGUCCCCUGCAUCGGCAGGCGGACUUUCAACCACUGCGCCACCAGGGAAGCCCUCAGCUGCUUUUUAAAACUGAACUAUUCUUAUUUCAAAGGCAUUUUAAAAACUUUUAUGUGAUAGUCAUUUGAGCGAUUAUAAGAUUGAUUUCUAGCAUUAUUUGUUUGGUAGGGUUUUUUCCCCCAAAAUUAGUAUUUCUCAGAAUACUUUCCCUACUGUUGUUUGACAUGGAACUUUUGCCUCAGUCACUGUUAUAGCUAGUUUUUUGUCAUUGUUGUUUUUAUUUGUUUCUGUUUUGUUUUGUUUACACUAUACUACCUUGCCAAAAAUAGAAGAUUGUGGUUUGGUAGAAUAAGGGUCUUUCGAUAGUGUUUGAAUAGGAGUGUCCUGAAGAAGCCACUGUUUAAAAUAGGCACACAUGACAUAGCUGUGUCUUGAAUUAUCCUUUACAUAUCCAAAUUUAGUUGUAGGUUGUAAAAGAAAUGGCUUCAGGAGCUAUCUCUUAUUCUCUGUUAAUGUAACUCUUAAGGGCACUCCUGACUUAAGAAAGGGUCCUUGGUGUUUGUAACUGUGGUCUUCUAUCCAAAUGUGCCCUUUUCUCAUGGAUACAAGUCUCUUGAAGCAUACCUCAAAGUCAUGGAGAGAAUGUGGCAUUUGAAAGAAAUCAUUUGCCUUGAAUCACGUGAGUUAUUUUGUGAAACAACAGUUGUCCUCAUGGAAAAGGGGCAACUACUUUUAUAUGCUAAAGUAUUUCAUAUCUUCCUGGGAAACCUUAUUUAGGUAUAAAUGGUCAUCUUAUUAUUUUUCAAAAGGUGUAUUUUAAUAAUCUAACAAUUUAUAUGUAGUUUAUGACCAGAGUUUGAAAGUUGUUAGUGUCAUAUCAAGGAUCUUUUAAAUUAUACCACUACAGGAUGUAUCAUUUCAACUUUAUUUUGCACAGCUAAAAAGAAGCAAAGGAUGCCAGUUAGCAUAAUAAUGGUAUCUUCAUAUUUACUGUACUUAACAAAAAACCUAACACAUGUUGAAAACCAUAUCAUACUUACCUGGUUUAUCUAUUAAUUUCAAAUUAUGUACUUGUAAAAAUAACUUAAAAUUGCAUUGGGAACCUGAGAAAGACUGGUAACUUUAAUUUUUUGUGUGAUUUUCAGAGCUGUCUUUUUUUUUUUUUCCCGGAGGAGACAUUAAGAUCUAAAACCUGCCAUUUAAUGUGUAUCUUCACCAGCAUCAGAAGGAAUCACUGCUUUCAGGGUGUUAUGUAAUGCCUAGUGCCUUCUGUUUUCAGUGAAAGGGGUUUUGAGAAGGCAUUUAUGGUCAUUACUGAAAACCUAAUUAAAGGCCUUGGAUUUUAAAGCCCUUGGAUAUCUUGUAUUAUUUCUGAGUAAGCCUGGAAUGCUUGAAAAAAUGUAGAGCAAAUGAAACCUUUGCAUUAUAGGAUUCCUUUUAGUUUCUAACUUACGUUUUUAAUUUAAAUGAAAACCUUCCUCUGUUUACUUCACUAUGAACAGAUGAACAGUCCAUUUUAUUAACAAACAGAAUUAAGUGAUUUCAUAUCCUUCCUACCAGUGUCUUGAUUUUUGUGAAAUGUUCUGAUGAAAAAUUUUUAGCUUAAUAAUCAAGGUAUUGUUAGAUUCUCCGCUUGCUACCUUUUCUUUUCUAACCUUAA